GUUAGCAGUUCAUCCUCCGUUGGAGGACAGCAGUACCAUCCAAGUAUGUUGAAACUGUGGAAGUCAUUGCUGUCGAGAUGGGAAACAAUGAAACGUGAACCACGAAAAGAACGACCGCAAUGGUCAGAGAGUUCUUCACUUGCUAGCACAACGCAACUAGACUCUCAAGAUCUCCCGCAAACAGCACUGCUGCGUAAACGAAUGGUACAAGGUGGUCUGCUGCCUGGAAGCCCAGACACUCUACCAUCUAAUUCCAACUCCGUCAUCUCCAUCAUUGAUGAGGUAAACUAUUCGCGGAAGUCCAAAGACAAGCAACUUCCUUCACAUAAAAAGAUCAUUAUUUUGAAACGCUCGGCGGUUUCUUCUCCAAAAGAAGAAGCGAUGGACACUAGUAAAAUAUGGAUGCCAAAAAAGCGACAUUUUCGCGACACGGAAGAGUGGCGCAAGAAAAAAACUCGUGUACUCAACAAGAUGAGAGCGCUUUCACGAAUCAAUCUGCUGCUGGUGUUAUCCAAGAUGUCGACCAUCGAGAAGCUACCGGACAAGGUGCUACAGCAAAUAUUCUCUUAUCUGUCUCCAUAUCAGAUACUUCGAACCGGACAAGUAUGCAAAAGAUGGAGAGCAGUAGCAUGUAGCCCGAUGCUAUGGAAAUUUGUCUCCUUCAGACCUAAUUACGGGGGAAUUCAGGUGACGAAUCACGACUACUUUCUGCAUCUCAUCGGAACUCAGUUCUCCGAACUUCGUAUCGUCGAGCUGACUACCGAUUUGAUCACUCCGAACGUACUCUAUGAAAUGGCCAAUAAAUGUCCCCGUCUGCAGCAUCUGACUCUCGACUUCUCUACUGCAAUGCAGCUUCAUGACUUCACCGAUCUGCAGUCAUUCCCAUCACGUCUGCGCAGUUUGACGUUAUGUCUAUCUGAAAAUAUCUUCUUAGAGGGCUUUUUGAGAAAAGUAUACACGUUCAUCUCUUCUGUUGAACUGCUUCAUAUAAUUGGUACAUACGAAAAAGUGGAAGACGAAGAAGAGGAGGUUUAUGAGACAGUCAAUAUAUUCAAGCUCAAGCAGUUUCUGCCAAAUCUUCGCGUCGUGAAUUUUUGGGGUGUACCGUUUAUCACAGAUGAGCAUGUGGAUGCGAUAUCAUCUAACUGUGCUCAUUUAGAAUGUCUAUGCGUCAACUACUGCACAAAGGUGAAUGGUUCCUGCUUAAGACUGGUAUUGCAGAGAUGCCGCAAGCUCAAAAGCCUUUUCCUGGCUUACACAAGCUUGGACAAUGCGACAAUGAAAGCUGUCGAAUGGGAAAAGACAAGAAUCGAAGAAUUGGACGUAAAGGGCACCGAACUCUCAACGGAUACCCUGAUCUCACUACUUACCCGACUUCCUUACCUGCGAUGGUUGGAUGCAAGUUGGUUGGAAAACAUGACGGAUCAGGUACUGGAAGCUUGGCUACAGUCCGGUGCCCUGGCAAACCUCCAAUUUAUCAAUUUGGACACUUGCGACUCAUUGAACGAAGCAGCACUGACUGAAAUGAUUGUCCGCCAUGGUUCACAAUUACAAGGACUGUGUCUCGGAGGGCAACAUAAAUUGCUCGAGUAUUUCUGGAUGAACGUAAUUCCACAGCUCAAGAACAUUAAAGUAAUCGUUAUGGGAAUCGCAGAGGACUGUUGUGCCAAAGUAGCAGCGAAAAUCCAUGUUGAUCAAUUCAUUGAUUGCAUAGCGCAAAAUUGUCCAUUGUUGACACGGCUAGAAAUUCGUUGGGAUGACGACACACUCAGGUUUUCCGACAAAUCUAGCAAAUUCAUUGACGUGCUUCGCAUGAAGUGCUUGAUGCUCCAUUCCAUAGUGCUCAGCGAUGGUCAAUAUUACGAACUUGUCCGAUCGAAUUUCGAGCGGGCCGAUAGAAUGAGUGUUGUAAGGACAACCGAGAUGUGCCGUACUGGUCUCCUACAUUGCUCUCGAUUUUAUAACCAAUUGCUAUUCAACUAGAAGUUAAUGUUCGUAAUGUAUACUAGUCAGAGUAGCAUCUCAUUUCUUUUACGGCGAAGCAGUCAAAGUCCAAAGUCCGGUUUUUUCUUAGUUUGGUUCGAUUCUUCUGAUUGAUGCUCAUAAUUCUUCGAACUCGGGUCCUCAUCUAUGAUUUUCGCUAUUUUCGUGUAUUUUGAACUGUCUGUAUGCAAGUAAUGAAAUUUCGAUG